UAACUUCCUACCUGAGACAAAGAGUCAAAAAGGACACAACAUAUGAAGAAACUAGCUGGAUUUGCUAUGCAUUUAUCUCUACAUGUUCACUGCUUUAUUUUGGAGGCAAACUAGGUUGUCUCAUUGGACGUCGUUGGAGCAUGAUUAUUGGUUCUUGUAUUUUUUGCUUUGGUAUAGCAGUGACGUACUGGAGUAUACAACAUAGCCUUGUCGCUACCAUAAUCACUUAUGGAGUGAUUGCUUCCUUGGGCUUUGUCUGUUGCUUUGGUCAUCCCGUAGUCACUGCUAUAGAGUGGUUUCCAAACAAAAAAGGCCUCGUGACAGGGAUAUUGGCUUCAGGAUUAGCUUUAACUCCUCUCUUUAUGAAUAGCAUACAAACAUUUUUUGUGAACCCUAGUAAUCUCCAACCUGCUUCUGAUGGGUUUUUUUACAACAAUGUAAUUAUAGAACGUGUUCCUGUUUUGUUUCUGAUAAUGGGAAGUGUUAUUGGUGGAAUUCUAUUGAUUGGGCUGCUUAUGUACCAAGAACUACCAAGAGAGUCAUACCAGGAAGGAACAAUAUCCAGUGAAUUAACUAAGGUGUCAAGUCAGUCAUGUAGUAAAGAACUUAGUGAACCAAUUACGAAAGACUUGGACUGUAGAACAACAAUAAAUAACGAAAAAUUAUGUAAAUCAUCGGAAGAAGAUUCAGCCAAUGUGAACGUUGAUGACGAACAACUGUACACUAAUGGUGAAGGUGAAGUUUAUGUGUCACCAAAAGAAGCUCUGAAAAUGAAAGAAUUUUACCUUUUAUCCAUAGUUUGUAUCUGCUCAUAUUAUCCAUUCAUAUUUGUGAAUGUUUUUUAUAAGACAUAUGGACAGACGUUUAUAUCAGACGACACGUUUCUGUCCACCAUUGGUUCUGUAGCUGGAGCUGUUCAUGCACUCAGCCGAGUGAUUGUGGGCUUAAUUCAGGACAAAUUAUCAUACAAGUUAACAAGUCUUCUCUUGCUGGGAAUAAAGACGGUAUUACUGUUCACUCUGGUGGCGACACCUUAUGGAGGAGAAGUGAUGUACAUGAUCUGGAUUUGUGGGCUGUUUGCUACAUUUCCUCUUAUUUUUGUCUGUAUUCCGGCUGCUGUUGCUGAAGUUUUUGGAACGAAAUACACUGCUGAAAUUUUUGGAAUGGUGUUUUUUACAUCAACAGCUUCCUUCUUUCUUUGGCCUUUAGUUCUCCAUCAUGUUAGUUCUUCUUUAGGAUGGUUUACUACGUUUUGUGCGGCAGCGACUGUUUCAUUCAUAGGGAUACUUGUGACUAUAGUUUUUCCCUGAAACCCAUCGUACAGAACAAUCAGUAUCAAGUAGUUUUGAUGGAGACAAAGAACGGCCUCGUUACCGUGCUUUUGAAUAUCAGAAGUGAAUCUCUUACGAGUUGUCACUUUUCAAAUGUUUUAAACUGUGACUGUAACACAGCUUCCUCUUCCCGUGUGGUAUUUACAUAAUAAAAUAUCGUGAAGUUUGUUCCUCUGUAGUUUCCCUGAUGAUGAUUUCUGUAAUCCUUAACGUAUAGUAAGACAAAGUGUUGUUCAUUACACAUUUCACGAAAAGCAAAUUAAUAUAGUAUAAUGCUAUCGGAUAAUUUUUGACGGAAUAAUUCAAGCAUGUUCUGAUGUAUUCAUGUAAUACGUUGGCACAAUGAAGUGUAGAUGUGUUUGUUUUAUUAAAACUGGGUUUAGGGUUUCUACUUUUUGAUGAGAUGAUUAGAUGAAAAUAAAUGUUGAAUAAUAAGAAUUUUACU